ACAGUCCACCAUUGAUCUGUUUGAACACCAAACCCCACACCCGUUCGUGAUUGCCGAGCGUCCUUAUAACACCCUUUCUUUCUUUCUUUCUUUCAUUCAUUCUAUCAUCAUCUAUCCAUAUUUGCACAAACACUCACACUCGUAGAGAGAGAGAGAACAGAAAACCAAAAGCCACUUCCACUGUUUAUAGAGAGAGACACCCCAAAAAAAGAAAGAAAAGGAAAACCCUAAUGAUGAUGGAUCAGGGACAAGGAAGAGAAAACUUGCUUCUUCAGAAAACCGAGGCCUGUGCCUUCGUGGCAGGUGUUGACGCUCACGACCUUCUUCCCUCUUCUGUCACCGUUCAAGGGAACAACACCAACACCAACAGGAUCAUAACUACUACCAUUCUCCAUAACGGGUCAUCAUCGGAACCGGGUCGGAUCCUCCAUCAUCAUGAUAUUCAGUACCAGCAGGAGCAGGAGCAGGAGCAGGAGGUUGGGCUUGUUGCCACCUUUGGAAACGUGCAUAGGAAGAGGAGAAUGGCUAGGAUGAGGAGGAGGUCCUCACCAACACUGAUGCACCUUCAGUUCCACGCUAACACCACCACCCCCACCACUACUCUUUUUCCACCUCUUUCUUCUUCAGGGCAAUCUUCUGAUACACCACCACCACCACCACCACCGACACUUUCUCCUCCUCCUCUUCUUCUUCCUUCUGCUGCUGUUGGUCCUUCCACUACUACUAAUACCUCCCCUCACGUGCCUACUCAUAAUCCCGCACGUGUAAUUGAUCAUACAAGCUUGAGAUUCCUUUUUCAAAAGGAGUUAAAGAACAGUGAUGUUAGUUCUCUCAGGAGGAUGGUAUUGCCAAAGAAAGCAGCAGAGGCUUUUCUUCCUCCUCUUGAAUCAAAGGAAGGAAUUCUUAUCAGCAUGGAUGACCUCGAUGGCAUUCAUGUUUGGAGUUUUAAGUACAGAUUUUGGCCCAACAAUAAUAGUCGCAUGUACGUCCUUGAAAACACUGGAGAAUUUGUUAACGCACAUGCUCUUCGGAUGGGAGAUUCUAUUAUGGUUUACCAAGAUAGUCGAAAUCAUAAUUAUGUCAUUCAAGCAAAGAAAGUUUCUGAUCAAGAUGAAUUUAUGGAAGAAACUAGCGACAUGGCAAAUGAUAUCUUCCUUAAUGAUUACGAAGUUAGCAAACCUGGUUGUUUCAGCUUGACUUACCCAGCUUUGAAUGACACUACAGGCAUGUCAUUCAUAUAUGAGACUACAUUCUCAAAUGAUAGUCCUCUUGACUUUUUGGGCGGAUCAAUGACUAAUUUUUCAAGGAUCGGCCCAACUGAAACCUUUGGUUCUGUUGAAAAUUUGUCACUUGAUGACUUCUACUAAAUGUGGUUAGUAUGUAUAAGAAGCUGCAGCCAAAGCCUUAAUAAUAUGGUACAAGAGAAGUACUUUAAUUUUGAGUGUGGGUUUGUUCAAUAUGCUACUAAACAAAAGUUAAAACUCGCUCUGUUUUCUUGUAUUUAUUUAUUUUGUUGUUUGUUUUGAUCAUGAUUUUGUGUAGAAUAAAAGAGUAGCAGGUGGACAUAUAAUGUACUAUGUUCUUCUCUCUGGCUACUCUAUCAUGUAUUAUGUUAUCUAUAAGUUUUUGCCAGAAUCUACAUAUAAAUAAGAUCUGAAUGUUUAUUAUGAA